AUUGCCAGGGGCAAUGUUUCACUUUUAUUUUGAAGGAUUAGAUAGCAGGAAAUGCAGCGGCUCACAGGCUCCACCUUGAGAAGCGGAAGUGGAAAAUUGGCGGGCUGGGGUCGAGCUGUCUGUCUUCCCUUACGUCCGCGUGAAGGCUUGAAAUAACGACGUUCUCGGCUCCAACUCUAUUCGUGUUUCUUCGACACAACCCAAAGCACAUCACAAUGAGUGGUCGCGGAAAGGGAGGCAAGGGACUCGGCAAAGGAGGCGCCAAGCGUCACCGCAAAGUUCUCCGCGAUAACAUCCAGGGAAUCACCAAGCCCGCCAUCCGCCGUCUGGCUCGCCGUGGCGGUGUCAAGCGUAUCUCCGGCCUGAUCUACGAGGAGACCCGCGGUGUCCUCAAGGUUUUCCUGGAGAACGUCAUCCGUGACGCCGUCACCUACACCGAGCACGCCAAGAGGAAGACGGUGACAGCCAUGGACGUGGUCUACGCUCUCAAGAGGCAGGGCCGCACUCUCUACGGCUUCGGAGGUUAAAUCUUACACCAGCUCCCAACAACACAACGGCUCUUUUAAGAGCCACUCAAAUCCUCUAAAGACACCAAACUUGCCUUUUAUGUAUUUAGCUACAAAUUCACACUCGCCACUACACGUUUAACACCUUUGUUUUACAAAGGCUUUACACUCUUUCUUCAAUAUCAAUGAAUCGUUACCGCAGCUCUAAUUCUCACCCCUCACUGAAGAAUUGACGUAUCUUAGAGCCGUUGCGCUCACAUGAUUCCCCUCUUUGUUACAUGAAACGGC